GUUGAAAAUUAAAACAAAAGAGAUGGCUUUAAUCAAAGAAAUUAUAAAUUCCCCGCAGUCUUCGAAUUUACUGAAAUUAAAGCAAAAUUCAAGCACUCAGACCACAAGUGCGUGUAGUUCCAAGCUACCAGAUGUCAAUGCCGAAAAUGAUGAUUCGCAAAAAUUUGCCGAUUGUUCAAAUCCAAACAAUGAACUCGUGCAGGUUAAAACAAAACUCAAAACCAAAGAACAGUUGAAAAAACAACCGGAAACAAAUAUCGAAUCAGUGUUAAAAUUCGAACUGACACAUGUGCGCAAGUUGAUUGACGAUGCAGUAAACAACAUUUCAAAUUCUACCAGCAACGAAGAUGUUUACGAUCAAAUUCUAUGGAUGAACGAACAGAUUUCCGAAUUGAGAAGCAACACCAAGUCUUAUUUGUCAAUGAUUCAUCAAUUGGAAGAUACACUCAGAAAGCAAGUUCACAAUCGUAACGCGAAUGAAAUUGAAAUUCAUCGUUUACACGAGGAAAUUACCAAACAAGUUCAAAAUUAUGAAAAUCUUAAAAAUCAAUUCAAACCGUAUCCAGGCCGUUCAAAUCGAAGUCGGUGGAUAAAUCAAAAUGAAUUUGAUCGAAGCUCUUCAGUUAUAUAUGAAGCGUCAUUGGCAGGGAAAAUGAACAAUCGACAUUUGAGUAACUUGAAAAGAAAUGCAGUUGAAUACAACUGCGGAGCACCAUUGCAACCGGCCAAACGCCAACGACCACAAUAUGAAAAUGAGAUUGCCUUUUUUUGAUGUCAAAAUAAAUGAU